AUGAGAGCGCAAGCCACCGCGGGUCGAACUCCCUCCGACGACUUCGCCGACAAGGCAGCCAAGCUACGAAUCGACUUCGAAGGAGGCCGCAAGUCCUCGUUGGAGCAGCAGCGCUUUUCAUCGGAGUUCCGGUUCAACACUCAAAUGUCACUUCGAGUCGCCUGUGGAGUUUUGAUUGCUUCCUGCAUCCAGACUCGAGUGUCCGACUACGAUCCUUCGGAUGAGGGCAAAAAGUGGGUGUUGUUCCCUUCGUGGUACUAUCUCGGCGGUUUGAGCUACUGCGCCAUUGCUGUUCUGUUCACGACGGGGAAGAACAUCGGCAGCACGCUCAUGAUCGCUUGGCAAGCCUUCCUUGGUGUGGGCAUGGCACUGGUCUACAGUAUCGUGAUUUUUGCCUGCAUGGACGUUCACACCCAAGACAUAAACGCCGAGGAUCCGUACGAAGGCUACAUCGAGAUCAAGCAGGCGUUUUCAUCCAGCACCUACUGGGUGAAUCUUCACAACUUUUACACGACGCUGCCCUGGAUGAUAAUCUUCACAGUGGUGGUCCUCGUUUGUCCGUUCGCCGCGACAACCAAGAAGUUUGCAGUGGCCAACAACCUCUACUUCAUUCUUACGAUCAUUAACCCGGCAAACCCUGUCGGCUCGGGGCUCAAAACGUCCGAUGACUCGAGUUUUGACACAGCCAAUAUCUUGCGCAACCUGGAAGUGUACUUCUUAGUGGGCAUCGUUGGCUCGCUCGUUUCGCUCGGCAUCAUGUUCGUUCCCUACCCAAUCUUUGCGAUUAAUCGACUGCGCAAGGAAACCAAGGGCGCAGCUGAGGACAUUCUCGACUUGCUGAACAUCAUCGUGGACUCGUACUGCUUCAAGAACAAGAACAUGGACCACAUGAACUUCCUGAAACUCAAGCUCCAGCGCAAGUUCGACGCCGCCGCAGGCCGCCACCGCCGUAUGAACGCUUUGCUAACAGAUGCGUGGUGGGAGCAGUCCUUUGGCUUCCACUACACGCUGCGAUUCCACCGACCCAUCAUGUUCAACUACGUGAAGCUGGUCGGGUCGCUGAUCUCGGAUCUGCGCACGCUCAGCUAUGCCAUGCAGCUCGAGAAAUACGAGCACCUCCACUUCACGUACAUGAAGGUGCUCCAGCGUGAGAUCUACGUUAUCCAGACGCGCUCCGGUGAUCUACUCAAUGAGAUUGCGCGUGAAGUGCAGUCAGCCUCCCGUGAGGUAAAGCUUCAGUCGAUUCCCCGGCUAGAGGCGCAGAUGGAGACAACGCUCCACCGGUACCGCUCCACACAGAACCGCACGCUGCGCACGCAUCCAGUCACGCUGGAAGAAAUGGCAGGCAAUGUGCCACUCAAUCUCUUCCUGUUCUCGCUCAACUCCUUCUGCAGCACGAUGAUCGACUUCCAGGAUAUCCACAACAAGAAGAACUACACGGAUGCGCACCGAAUCCGGUCGUUCAUCUUGGCCUCGAUCAGGAAAUUCUUCCAGCCCAAGCACUACACCGAUAGCCACGCUAUGCUUUCAGCGAUGCGGGGAUCCAUUGCCAUUGUGCUGGGUAUCUUCCUGUCCGUAUACGUCUACGGCUUCAACGCCACUGUCCCUAGCACGGUUGCGUAUGUGCUUGGAAACUACCUGGGAGGGAGCUUCAGCGCGACAGUGAAUCGAGUUGGCGGCGUCGUGGCCGGCAGUGUGGUGCCUUCGGUCUUCCAGUUCUUCAUUGCUCAGAUCUGCGACCCGCAGUAUCUCAACGUCGUGCUUUCGGACAUCGUGUUGUUCGUGUGGAUCGCCAUCUCGAUGUACGUGUGCUACGUGGGCGGCUACAGUUCGUACGCUGGCUUGGUCUCGGCCUUCGUGUCGACGGGCAUUUUGAUGCGUCAGUCGGACUUGUGUUACUCAAAUGCUGCGGACAACGCUUCCUCCAUCGCGAUCAGCUCGUACUCGAGUCUCGCUCAAACUUCUGUGGGUAUUGUACUCUUCAUUCUCGUGGAGCUGCUACUGUGUCCCAAGAGCGCCACCAACUUGCUGCGACGAAACAUCCAGAAGACGCUCAAGCUGCAGCUGGAGGCAUUCGAAGUCCUAUUCGGUCACCACUUGAGCAGCUCCAGCACCAUGGACGCCGAUACAAUGGAGCACUUGCGCGAGAUCCUGCAGGUGAAGAUCCCUGCGAAGCAUUUGGCUCAGAUCACUCUGCUACGAGAGGCACAAGCGGAGCCGCUGCUAUGGCGUCCGGUGUUCUCGGUCCGGAAGUACGAGAAGGUUCUCGAGAGCUCGCGUCGGCUGCUGAACAACAACACGCUCCUCUACAAGCUCCUGCGCUGGUUCAACUACCGUGUUGAACACAACCGAGUUCACCUCAACAGCAUCGACAUCCGAGACAGCCUCACUGCUGCGAGGCCUUCGUCGGACAGGAGCAUCCAUGCAAAGUGGCAGGCCGCAGCCAGCCAAUUCCAGACCGCGGCGAAGGACUCGUUCAACACACUGGAGAUGCUGUUCGGCGACGCCUUCCUGUACUCGGACCCGGACCAAACCGCCAUCUUCAUGCAGAUGAAGGAGGCCUUCCGUCUCGCUGACAAAGACUGCAGCGGCGAGAUCGACGCCGAUGAGGUCGCGGACAUGUUGGAGACCAUCUUCACCCAGUCUGGAGCUGUGAAGCAAGGUGAGAUCCACAAGUACGUCGAGGAGUUCAUGCGCGUCGUGGAUAAGGACCGAAGCGGCAAAGUCUCGUUCGAGGAGUUUAUGGAGGCGCUAGAGAACGGCCUCAAGCUGGAAGUUGAAGUGUACACCCGACGAAAGCCUAAAGCUCCAGCGCUUCUAGCGAGACGGGAGAACGCACUACCUUGCAUCAACGAGGACGGUGUGGAUGGUGAAGAGAGCGAGAGCGACGCUCCCAAGGGCGCAGAGGGUGAGUCCGGAGCUAUUCACCCUAGUGACGGCACUCACCUGAAGGCCCCGCUCACUGCCGAAGCGAUUAAUGCAUUGGACGCCAAGGUGAACACCUCUAGGGCUCCAAUGCCCUCGAAUGAAGGAUAUCGACGCUCGUCACAGGCUUCGUCCGUUGAGAGAGGCCGCAAACCUUCUCAGUCUUCCGCUGCGUCGUCCACUCCCAUGUGCCGAGAGCACGACGUGCUGAACGUGGAGGACUUCUCCACCAGCGACAUCGCUGCUCAGAUGAAGACUGCGUACGUCGAGUGGCUGCUGGAGGAUCGUCGGUACGAGAAGGUGUCGAUGGAGGAGCUACUGCUGCUCAACUGCCUCGUCAGCGGCGCCGAGGGCAUCGCUAAGAGCCUCACGGAGAUGGCUGAGAUCGUCGUCGCGUCCUAA